AGCAUUUCCUGGAGGGGUCACCCAAAAAGAGCUUCAGGAGAAAGAGGAAUAUAAGAAGCUGAAAGAGAAGAAUAAACAGCUAGAGGCAAGAAACCAAGAGCUCUUGUCUAAAGUGAUGGGCAUGCACAAGCACUCUGAGAACAUGAAUGAUGCCUCACGUUUGACUGCUGUGCUGCACAUGUAUGAGAUACUCAGGGUACAUGACUGGGAAAAAAUGAGGAGCUCCCCAUCCUCCUACUUGACGUAUAAAACUGGCAGCAGCAUAAUUAAGAAGCUGUUUGAUGCCUGUGAGAAAGAUAUACAGCAGAGAACAACUAACAUAUUUGAAGUUCUUGACAUUCCACAUUCGAAUGACACUAUGACCAACAGCAAACAGGGGAUGAUGCAAGAGAUAAGGAAUCUCUUCAGAUACUCCUAUUACCAAAACCACUCCGAGUUUUACAGCAAAAUUAUCACUCUUGCUGGGCCUCUCCAGAAGCUCAGCCUUGUCAAGCUCUUUGCAGAUCUCUCUGUGAGGCUUAACACAAGGCCAGUGUUUGGAGGCGUAAGAUCUCGCAUUGGGAUCCAGCAAAAUCUUCUAAAUAGAUCAUCACCAGCUGUCAGCUUCCAGCGGACGUUUGAUGCCCGACAGAAGAUAGGACUCACUGAUGCCCGACACAAACUGGGGGUUAAAGAUGCCCGUGAAAAACUGGUUCAAAAGGACGCUCGGUUCAAAAUCAAAGGGAAGGUGCAGGAUGCUCGAGAAAUGUUGAAUUCCCGUAAGCAGCAAAGUGUUGCGGCUGAAAAGGUGACCAAAGUGGUGGAUGCCAGAGAGAAGAUCAGCUUAAAAAGGAGUGCUCCAGCUGCUAUCAGCCCAACUGUGGGGACAGUAAAUCCAGCCAUGAAAAUCACCAAAACUAUCCAACAGAAGGCUCCAGUUCCUGGACACUCUCAUCCAGCAGUCAAUGUGGUGAACAACCAUACACACAAACAGGGUCUGUAUGACAUGGAAGAUGAUGAUGAAAGUGUCUCUCCCCUUACUAGCAAACAGAUGAAAAUCACCACCACAAACAGUUUCCUGCACAACGCGGCUGGGCUGAGUGGCAAUAAGUUCUCUCUGUCUAAGACUGUUCCCCUGACUAAAGUGGUCCAGAAUGAUACAUACACAGCUCCACCUGCACCUCCCUCUCCUAUGCGGACGAAGGCCUUGACAAACAUGUCCCGGACUUUAGUGACAAAGGAAGAGCCUCCAAAAGAACCAGCACCUGUUGAGCUGGCAUUCAGUCCUUUGGAAGGCACAAAGAUGACCGUAAACAAUCUGCAUCCUCGAGUCACAGAGGAAGACAUUGUUGAGUUAUUCUGUGUGUGUGGUGCUCUGAAGCGAGCCCGGCUGGUGCACCCUGGAGUGGCUGAGGUAGUAUUUGUGAAGAAAGAAGAUGCUAUCACAGCGUAUAAGAAAUACAAUAACAGGUGCUUAGAUGGUCAACCAAUGAAAUGCAACCUCCAUAUGAAUGGGAAUGUCAUCACCUCAGACCAGCCUAUAUUGCUCCGAUUGAGUGAUACUCCUUCAGUGAAGAAGGAAGGGGAACCACGCCGGUCAAGUGCAAGCACCUCCUCAAAUCCCCCAGCUGAAGUGGACCCUGACACUAUCUUGAAGGCACUCUUCAAAUCUUCAGGGGUCUCUGCCUCUGUGCAGCCCACAGAAUUCAAAAUUAAACUCUGAGAAGAGGGAGCAAGCACUGGACUGGAAAACUCAUUUAAGUUGGGGAAUGAGAAAAGUGCAGGAGUGCAGAUGUUAUUUGCAUUUGCCUGCCUUGAAAUUUUUUGUUUUCUAUGAUCGCUACCUUACUGUACAAAUAGUGUUUCCUCUUGUGUGUGUACUUUCUGUUUUCAUAGUUGGAGUUUUCUUCUAUGAUUUUUUUUUUUCCAAAAAAAUAACCUCCCCCUUCUGCCAGUAAUGUAUUACCAAGCAUAUACCAUGUAAUUCCCUCCUUUACUCCAAAGUCCCUAGUGGCCAUUAAAAGUGCACAUAGACUUUGAGGGAA